GCGUGGCUUCCGUUCCCGUUGUGUGAGGGACUGAAUCCCAAACGGCCUCCGCGCUGCUCCUGCUGCUGCCGGGGUCUGGAGCCGGGCCUGGGGGCGCGGCGCCGUACUGCGGCCUGCCCCGCUCCCCGCCACCCCUGCGGCCUCGCUGCGCCCCGGCCGGCCGCGCUGCCCCUCUCCCCUGGCCCGCCUCGCAUCCCGCUCCCUUCGGUCGGGCCCAUCCCUCCCCUCCGAGCCCAGCCCGGGCCGCUCCUCGGCCCCGCCCGCAGUCCCCCUUGGCCCCGCCGCUGCCCGGGGCCCCCUCGGCCGAGCCAUGUCGCUGCACGGGAAGCGGAAGGAGAUCUACAAGUAUGAGGCGCCCUGGACCGUGUACGCCAUGAACUGGAGCGUCCGGCCGGACAAGCGGUUCCGUCUGGCGCUGGGAAGCUUCGUGGAGGAGUAUAACAACAAGGUGCAGCUUGUUGGUUUGGAUGAAGAGAGCUCAGAAUUCAUUUGCAGAAACACCUUUGAUCACCCCUACCCUACCACAAAGCUUAUGUGGAUCCCAGACACCAAGGGAGUGUAUCCAGACCUGUUGGCAACCAGUGGUGACUAUCUGCGAGUGUGGAGAGUGGGUGAAACAGAGACCCGGCUGGAGUGUUUGCUGAACAAUAACAAGAACUCUGAUUUCUGUGCUCCGCUAACAUCAUUUGACUGGAAUGAAGUGGAUCCUUACCUUCUAGGUACCUCUAGUAUUGACACAACCUGCACUAUUUGGGGUCUGGAGACAGGACAGGUUCUGGGAAGAGUAAACCUGGUCUCUGGCCAUGUGAAGACCCAGCUUAUUGCACAUGACAAAGAGGUGUAUGACAUAGCGUUUAGCCGCGCAGGUGGUGGGAGAGAUAUGUUUGCUUCAGUUGGUGCAGAUGGCUCAGUGAGGAUGUUUGAUCUCCGUCAUCUGGAACACAGCACCAUAAUUUAUGAGGACCCACAGCACCAUCCGUUGCUUCGUCUCUGCUGGAAUAAGCAGGAUCCCAACUAUCUUGCUACAAUGGCCAUGGACGGCAUGGAGGUUGUGAUUCUAGAUGUCAGAGUUCCCUGCACUCCUGUUGCCAGGUUAAACAACCACAGAGCAUGUGUAAAUGGAAUUGCUUGGGCACCGCAUUCUUCCUGCCAUAUUUGUACAGCAGCGGAUGACCAUCAGGCUCUCAUCUGGGAUAUCCAGCAAAUGCCUCGUGCCAUUGAGGACCCUAUCUUGGCCUAUACAGCAGAGGGAGAAAUCAACAAUGUACAGUGGGCAUCAACUCAGCCAGACUGGAUAGCUAUCUGCUACAACAACUGCCUGGAGAUUUUGAGAGUGUAACAUGACUGCUUCAUGCCACACUGAGGCAGGGCUGUAUAAUUUCCCCUCCCCUCUAAAGUAAGAACAACACAAGUCAAGUGGCCAGUAUCUGUUGUUGCUUUGCAUCUACUGUUACAAGAAACUGUUACAAGAAUCAAUGGCAGGUGUCUCCUGUCGCUCCAAGACUCUAAAAUGCAGAGACGUACUGAGCCUCUUGGACCUUCUGAGUUCUGGUUUCCUUUAUUAUUUUUUUUCCCCCUCAGUAAAAGUUCUGUAUAUUUGUUUGUUGACUGUAUUAAUAAGCUUGCAGGCUUUUAAGUUGCUGCAUAUGUCCAUGUGUUUGUCGGCCAGCUGAGGCAGCACAUCAACUAGUUUAAUAGAUGCAGGUGCAAAACAAGGUAGGGGAAAAAGACACUGAUGUUAACAGCCACCUUGACAGGAAUCUUUAUCAUUCCUGUUGUUGCUGCCUCUAAACUGUUUAAACGUUUGUAUGGGUUUUAUAUAUUGGGCUAACUUUCUAUUGAGUAAGGUUUUUCUCCCUAAUUCUUACUUUUGAUAUGUGAUCCACUUCCAUAUGCCCAAAGCAGGAUCUGUUUGUUGAUACAAAUCAUAGUAACACUGCAGGCUCCCUGGCGGUAAAGGCCUGCCAGAAUUAACUGUUGCCUUGGCUCUCGAAACCUGGUUACCUGGGCAGAAUUUUCUGGUGCUGUGAAGUACAAGUACUUGUUGCACAAUUUCUUUACACUUUUCUGAUGCUAGAGGCAGUUGUUACUAUGGUAGGCCUUAUUUUUAAAUUAUAACUGAAUUUGUGUGUAUCCUGCAGUUGUGUUAGCUAACAGAAUGGUUAUAGGUUUCUGAAAGAAAAUACGUGCAUGACUUAAGCUCCCAGGAGAUAAACAACAACUGAAAAAAUGGGAUUUGUAACAAAUUUGGCAUUGAAACUUCCAAUCAAAUUAUUUCCCCUCAGAAGACUUACUAUCUAAAUCAAAAUAAAAUGGUUUCACACUUUGUAGCUUGCUUGAUUAGCAAAUAAUAUGAGCAAGAUUUUGUGGUUAGCCUGUACCUUGGAACUUCUUUGCAUUUGGCCUGUGUUCCUGGGAGUUCUUGAAAGGAAUGCAAAGCAAUAUUUUUUUUUUUUUUCCAGAGUGUAUGUGCUUUGUACUGUCAGGUCUUGUUGAAUGAGCAAGAUGAGUUGGAAAAGCUGGUCCGCUAUCCAAAUGAAAGCUGUUUAUCUGAAAGAAAUUAUUCCCUAAUGCAAUGCACAAAGAUGGAUUUAAAAGGAAAGAAACCGCACCACUGAGGAUAAGGUUUGGCACAUGUCGUCUUCAUAUCUUUUGGGGAUGUGCCCAAGGGCUUCUGUUUCUGUUUUGGAUAGCGGAUUGCCCUAUGAUAAUACUUGUCAAUCAAAGCUGAGCAGAUUAGGCAAGAUAAAAAUCUCCGUUGAAGUCUUAAUAUAACAUAGCUACUCGGAUGAAUGCUCCGCUGUACUCUCCCGAUGAAGACGUGACAACCAUAGCUGGUCUGUAAGGGUAUACCAGCUGAGUUUUGAUGUAAAUGUCAGAAACUAUCAAGAUUGUCUUUCCACUUAAUGAGUGUUCACCUGCAACUGGAGGCAGCUUUAUAAAUAGUAGGACACUGGCAAACUCGAAUCUUGUCAGUUUAUGCAGGAAAGGCAAGUUGGGAAAGCAAUUUCUGUGAAACAGUGCAGCUGACGCUGAAAGCACUGUCAAAUACAGACAGAACCUGAGGAGUUUUGUCAUUCUGGAUAUAUGGAAAUACUCUUCUACAGGCUGCUUCUCAAUGUGGAGCUCAGAAAAGCAGUGCCUUCCGAAUUUGAUAGGAAUUCAUUAGGGACAGCUUUAGUCCAUCGCUCCUUUUAGUAUCAGAGAACCAAGAGACUCUUAAUGCGGUUCAGGCUCGUGUUUUGUCAGUCAUAUUCUGUGUUCAGUUGUGGGAUUUUUGACGGAAAGCUUGAUUUCUCUUGAAGGUCUGUUUUUCCUAUUAGCAGCAGCGCUGAGAGUAGUGUGUUCCACAAACAGAUUUCAUCUAGAUGUCAGAACAGCAUUAGCCAAACUAUUAGGUUAUCACUUUUUACAAUAGCACUUCAUCUUAAAUCGGAAAAUACUUAUGCAGAAUGAAGUGAAAAUUAGGAUUUUCAUAGCAGAAGCAUACAGUGGCAUUCACAGCUUUAUAGAAGUUGUAUAGAAGGCGUGACUAAAAGAUGAAUGCAUCUCUUGCAUUAGCUUAAAAAUGCAUCUUUUGCAACUGUGGAAUUGUGCUUUAAAAGAGACAUAAGAUAAUUCAGUUGGAAGUGAAGUCACUAGAAGACUCCAUAGGCUAUACUAAAUGGCAAAUACAGUUUAUUUCUAGAGGAAUACAAUCUCUUACACUAAGAUGAUGAGAAGAGAGCAUGUAUAAAGGGACUAACAGCCUGAAUAGUCAGGUAGCUUUUGCUACUGUUGGAAAACAAUCCUGUUAUGAACCUGAAUAGGAUCCGGUGUCAGUUCUUCCAUCCGUAAAACUGCUUGGUUGUGGAAUUGGGUGCUCAUUCCAAACUCAUCAAAAGCAAGUGAAAGAAACUUGUAGGCUCCAGUGGAUUCUAAAUAAAGCCUAUAUCCUGUUUGUUUAGCCAGUUGGGGUUCCUUCUGGAUCUACAACAUAUUGCUUUGGGCAUAAAUCCAUUGUCAUUCUUCAUCUGAAAUUACAUUUUAAAUCACCAGAGGCUGUUUUGGAACAGGGAAAUGCUAUCUAAAAUAGCUUCUUUUCAAAGAAGUCACUUGAAAGGUUAAUGACUGAAAAGACAUGAAAAUCCUCCUGGGUGAGAUGUUCUGUAGUGCAAAUGGCACUUCCAUAUAGAGAAGGAAGGAAGAGACUUUGGUGCCCUUUUGCCAGCACCUGCUGACACAGCGGCAGGGAGCUAACAGUUUACUUGCUGGUUCAAGUUUAUUUGACAGAUAAAAUAAAACCCUGAGACUUGCCACUGCAGCCCAUGAAUCAGAAGCUAGCUCAUCACAUUUCACCUGCUGAACAUGCAGUUACGUUGGGUGUGAAGCCCCCGUAAGCAUGGUCUUUCCCAAAGCUUAUGAAGGUAAAUACUUUGAUAUUUGAAUUCAGUUAUUUUGUGCUUAUUGCACAAACACAGGAUGCAGAGCAACUGUUUUCAAAUGCAUCAUGUUCCUUGAGUAUAAAGAGACAUUAAGGGAAAAGUGAGCUUCAGUGAGGUUAGCAAAGCAGCAAAUAUUGUGCUGUUGUUGGUACAGGCAAGACUGAUUCUGGGACAGAAAAAAAUUUCUCUCACUUAAGUAGUUCUGUAUCACUUCUCCAGUCGAUUAAUUCAAGAUACUAAGCUAUUGUUUGGUUGUUAUGUUGUGUUUAAACCAAGCUUUCUGUAGAUGCCUACUAUCAUGUGGAGAACCUGUUGCUAGUGUAUUGUCUCUCAACCAGGAGAUCUUGAUCAUGUAAAAGUUAGUAGUGAGGUAAAAACCUACAGAAGAUAAGUUGGGUGUCAAUUUAGUGUGUAGUAUGCCAACUCUGUUAAUUGUCGAAGUGAAACGGGCUAUGGUAAGUUGCAUCUUUGGGAAUUGUACUUCUGUGUGCCGGGAUCUAAAAAGCAAGGAUUUGAGUGCUUUGACAAUCUAUUUAGAAAGAAAGCACCGUGGUUUCAAAGAAUGGUAUGGAAGGAGACUUAUAAUACAGGUUGUUCCUUAUGGAACCUUGAAAUGUACUUAACGGGGGAGGCAUUGCCUCUCAUAAGUCAAAGUUAAUGAUCCUUUCAAAACCCAGCUGUAAUUACUUUCCUGAAUGUUCUGGAUAAUAGUAAAAAGGUCUAUUUUUGCCUGGUGUUGCAGUGAGAAAGCUGCAUCAGCCUCAAUUGUAGAUCACUGCCUGCCAGAGACUAGGUGAGGGGAGGAGUCUGAUAUAUUGGAAUUCAGAUGCUCUUGUGCUUGUAAAUGAAGAAAGCUGAGUGUGUCUGUUUUGUUCUCUUGCAGAUGGCACUUUAACAAAUAUAUUUUUGGUGAGAUAGGAGGAGAGUCAUCUUUUCCUCAGCCCUUUUAUGGUAGGCAUUUGUCUGUGUUUUGUAUAACAUGUUUAAUACAACUCACCAAAAUGCUAAACUGGCUGUGGUUGUCAAUACCUAGUGAACCCUCCCCUGUUUCUACUGAACACCAAAAAUGUGAGCACUUGACAAUACCAUUAAUGUUAAACUGAAGCUCUGUAUUCUGAGACUGACACAAUCGUGCAAGGCCAGCCCAAGUAAGGUAGUGCUGCUUGUCACCCAGGGAGUGAGUCCCUUUUGCUUAGAAGCUUGGUGGUGUUCGGGAAUCGUCUUUUCUACCAUCUCAGCAUGAUGGCAGUAGGGGCAGGUUGGUUGUGUAAAGUUGUAGCUGGAUUCUUUGGGUAACUUACUUUUGUGACAGGAAAAAAAUGCAGCUGCUGUCUGUAAAUUCACACAACCUAAAUUCAUUAACUUACCAGUUCCUUACGUUAGUAGUGGUUUAACUCUUUCAGGACAUACUGAAAAGGAUGAAUGGCAGCAAGGAUAAGCUCUUGGCUCGAUACAUUGCACGCUUACAGUUCCAUCAAAGUACUGAAGGGUUUAGUUUUCCCAUUGCCGGUUAGCAAAAUGGUCAUACCACCUCAAAUCCACACUGUUAUCCUGUCAGUUAAGACAAGUUCUCUCUGAUAAGUGUUUCCUGCUUUCUGCUGUCAGAGCAGGCCUGUAUUUAUUGUACAGCGGACAUUAAAAGGAGAUGUCCAAAAUUAGUUCUGGAUUGGGCAAGGUACUGUCAACUACAUCCCCGUUUCUCUUGAUCUUUGCAGAGAAUCCAGGGGAUAAAUUGUAUAUGGCACUUAAAAGAGCACUUUCUCAUGCUUCCUUAGAGAUGCAGCUGUAUUUCCCUCUGCUUACCCAAGAAAAGCCAGAAACAUCUCAUUCUCAAGGAUAUUGAGAGGAGUUUAGCUUGUCCCUGGCUCCUUUUGGUUUUUUAGGAAGAGAUCUCCAGAACUUUCGAUCAGCACCUUUCACCAGCACUAAAGAACAGUAAUUAAAAAUGCAACUAAAUACCAGUCACUGUAUGCUCAUCUAGUGAUUCAUGGCAGACUCCAGGAGCAAAGGUAUUUGUGAGACCGGCUUGCUGCUGCCUGAUUUCAAGUAACUGUCUGCCCCGUAUCUUGGUGGCCUUUUGUGAAGCCUCUGAUACUCAGCAUCGAGCUAGAAUUUCCAUAAUCAUAAAUAAUAAUAAAAAAUAUCUAUGUGGCUUCCAUUAAGUUUAUUUCUUUUCAGAAUAUCCUAACAAAAUGAAGAAAUAAGCUAUUUCCUGAAAAAAUGUUGUGGCCAUGAGUAGGUGUAAGCCUGUGUUACAGCUCUCAUCCCUUGGAGUUGGCUUUCCUGUUUGCAAGAUGUUUGACUCGCAAGCCCCCUCUGUUAAGAGACGAGGAUCGGUCUGUCGAAUCCGAACAAAGGCAGAAAUGCAAGAAUUAGUGAAUGCAAGAGUCCUAGUACAGCUGAGAAGCGAUGUGUUGCUUUUUUUGACAACCUGGUAAAUAUGAAUUAUGAAAUCUACUAUUUAAAAGGAACCUUUUUUUAAAAAAAAAACUUGGGUUGCUAGCCGUGUAAAAUGUAAUUUAAAUCUGUUGCGCCGAAGCAUUUUUCUUACCAAUAGUCAAGUAGAUGUUUACUUUUAUGUGUGUUUUCCCUUCUGCUCUUCCCAUUCACAGUCCCGUUGUGGUAAUUUCCUGAAGGUGUAAUCUUUGUAGCAUGAUUGUACAAACAUCCAUAUAAGAUUCCUGACUUCCUGUUCUCACUAAAAUAUGUUAAAGCAAUAGUAGUUUUACUUCUGUCCUUUUUUUCUCCACCUUCCAUAUUGAGAUUUGCAACUUCACUACUAUACUGUCCUAGAGGAAUCCUAGUAUCCUGCUAUUCAACAGACUUAUGCUGUUGACAUGGAUAACUGCAGUGUCCCUAUAUUCCUUUAUUUUUAUGGAGAAAAUACAAAAGGUUUUGUUACAAUGGAUUUUAACACCUGAGUCAUGGAACCAUAUUGUUGAAACUCUGUAAAUUUUAAGGCAAUUUUCUGAAAUCGCUUGAAAGUGGAAUGUUGCAUCCUUUUAUGCUAUUUCCUGCUUCCUAUGUAGUUUUAUUCAGAUUUUUUAACCUUCUUUCUAAGUUUCAGCCUCCUGUGUAUUAGGUACAGUAUUUUCUGCCUUUCAUACUUUGUAAUAAAAAUGGAACAUUUGUAGAUUGA